GACCAGAGACUGCAGACAUAGUACAGGAGAUUACCAGAGACUGUGGACAUAGUACAGGAGGUGGCCAGAGACUGCAGACACAUUACAGGAGAUGACCAGAGACUACGGACAUAGUACAGGAGAUGACCAGAGACUGCGGACAUAGUACAGGAGAUGACCAGAGACUGUGGACAUAGUACAGGAGAUGACCAGAGACUGCAGACAUACUACAGGAGAUGACCAGAGACUGCGGACAUACUACAGGAGAUGACCAGAGUAUGCGGACAUAGUACAGGAGAUGACCAGAGACUGAUGACAUAUUACAGGAGAUGACCAGAGACUACGGACAUAGUACAGGAGAUAGCCAGAGACUGCAGACCUUUGGGGAGAGGGGGUGGGUACCCAAAUUUGACAGGUACCCGCUCCCACUUCCAUGGAGUUGUCCUCCCCCCUCCCUCCCUGUAGUCUUGUGGGACACGUGACAGGUCCCACAAGACUAUGGGGUCAUUCACAAAGCGCAGCACUUCUUGCGCAUGCGCAGUGGUACACCCCGGCUGUGGGCAGUGGGCACCCGGCAGUCACAGCUGGAUGCCCACACUGAAGAUGCCGGUGCGAGAGAGAAAAGGCAGCCGAUGGAAGCAGGACACCACUGGACCAAGGAACCAGGUAGGAUGGAGGAGCAGGUUCUUCUUCACAGUAGAGCCUGGCGGCCGGCCCGGUAUUCUAAACACGGUGGCGGGAAUACCGGACCAGACGCUCCAUAUUCACUCCAUAAGGUGCGCAGACAUUUUCCCCCAUUUUUUUUGGGGGGGGGAAAAAAAGUGCGUCUUAUGGAGCGAAAAAUACAGUAUAUAUUUCCCU